AUGGCGGACAAGGAUGCCGCCGCGUCUACUGGACGCGGCGGCGGGAGGGCGGGCGCGCGAAAGUUCAUGCCCACCAUGCCCGGUCGGCGCAAGAAGGCCGAGGAGGGGGGCGCCGCCGCCGCUGGCGACGCGGGUGUAAGCGAUGAGGCAUUCAAGGACCUGAUCAAGCAGGCGCAGUCGGCGGCAACGGGGGGACGCGGGCGCGGACGUGGGCGGCACCAGCAGCAGCGCUUCCUGGUUACUUUCGGUGUGGGCGGCGAGGAAAGACCUGCCCUGGCGGCAGCCAAGCAUUACGCUCGCAGCGGUGGAGCGGGUGGCGGCGGCGGUGGAGCGGGUGGCGGUGGAGCGGGUGGCGGCGGCGGGAGCGGCAAUCGCGUCAAGACCGAGGGUGCUGGCGCCGACGAGGAGCCCCUUCCUGACCUUCCCGACGCAAAGCCCGCGGACGUCAAGUCCAUCAAGCCGCGACCUGCCGUACUUGACUACACGCAGUACUACCCCACGAUGCUGCCGCUGCGUGUGCCCGGGGAGGAAAUCUGGGAGGAGGCGGAGGGCGGGCCGGGCUUCCUGCCCAGCGCACUUGACUUGGCGGGGAUGCCGGAUGUACCGCAGCGACCCGGGGAAGAUUUGGAUCUGUUUGAUCCGGAGAUGGAGGACCAGAUGUUUCUGAUGCAGAUGCCGGCAGUGCUGCCGCUGCAGCCCGGGAGAGGCGGGGGUGCGGCGGCCGCAGGCGAAGCCGAAGGCGGUGGAGGAGGAGGAGGGGGAGGGGGAGCAGCGGGUCCUGGGCCGAGCAGCGAACGGCGGCGAAAGGAGGCGGCGGCAGCAGCAGCCAACCGCGCUCCCGGCUGUAACAUGCGGGAGCUGCCCUCGGGCCGCAUCGGCAAGCUGCUUGUGUUCCGCAGUGGCAAGGUGCAGAUGCAAGUGGGGGACGUGCUGCUGGACGUCAGUAUAGGACUGCCUAAUCAGCACCGCCAAGAUGUCGUGGCCCUCAACCCCAGCAGCAACGCCUGUGUGCUGCUGGGCGAUGUGACCCAGCGUGUGCUGGUGUCCCCGGACGUGUUGCAGCUGCUGCGGGAGGACUCGGUGCCGGAGUUCCGCAGGGCGCCCGAGGAGCUGCCCGACCUCACCAGAGCGCACCGCAAGGCGAGGGGCUACGACGAUAUCCAGCAGCAGCCAGACGGAGCACCGGGCGAUGUGGCCGGCAUAAAGAUUAAGACCGAGGCGAGCUCGAAAGGAUCAAUCAGCGCAGAGCCCAUCAACGUCCUUGCCAGAGCAGCCGUGCCCUCCUUACCAUCUACCGGACAGCAGCACCCAGCACGACCUCAUCCCAGCCAGCCACCCCAAUACAGCUACGCCAGCCCGUUGCGCCCAAUGCCACCACCGCACACUUCCUUCCGCCCCACCUGUAAAGCUGCGCCUCCUCUUUCCCCCCUCACCCGCGCCCUCCACCUCCCCUGGCGGCCCCUUCCAUCUGCCUGCCUACGUGACUUGGGUGACCGUGAUGUCCCGUUGCGGGCUGCGGGAGGUGCAGCUGACGGCGGGGAGGCGGCGGAGGGUGAUAAGCCCCGCAAGGGCCGCCGCAGCCGCAAGGAGCGAGAGAAGGAGGAGGCUAGGGACCUCCUGGAGAGCCAGCAGAUCGACAUGGAGGUUCUGGAGGAGUUCAAGGCCCGGGCAGCUGCGGAGGAGGAGGCGCGCAGGGCGACCAUGGGGGAUGCAAGCGAGGAUGACCCGCGGCGGCUCAACUUCCACAGGUCGCUGUUGGCCGCCUCCCAGCGCGGUCUCACAGCUGAGUGCGCCCGCAUCAUUGAGGCCAUGUCCGAUGCGGGGCUGGCCCCGGGUCCCCGGGCCAUACACGUGUGGGCCUACUCGUACAUUCAGAUUGGGGACGGACCCGGAGCCAAGAGGACUGCAGAGGCGGGCAGGGAGGCGUACGGCAUCUCCUGGAUUCCUGAGACCUACGUGGCGCUGAUGCACGGCGCACUGAGUGCCACCCCCGGGGGCCCCGACCUGCUGGGGGCGCUGCAGCUGUGGGUGGCGCAGCAGGACGCGGGGGCAAACCCCCAGUUGGGCUUCACAUUCCUGACCAAGGAGCUGUUCAGGAUGAGGUACAGCGCGCUGGCUAUGCAGGUGGUUUCGGAGGGCUACGCCGCCGGAUUGCAGCCCGACGAGAAGCUGGCGGCCCUGGUGAUUGAACAGCUGUGCAAGCAGGGCCUUAUGGAGGAGGCCCGUGCCGAGAUGCAGCGGCUGCUCGACGCCGGGCUGCUAGUGGGGCCCGACCAUUACGACACCAUUGUACGACUGGAGGCAGCUCGCGGGAACCUGGGGUCCGCCAGGGAGAUGCUGCAGAACUUCUACACAGACCAGCGGUUCGCCCCCCCACGUGCCUCGUCGUACACAGCGCUCCUGAAGGGCCUUGUGUCGGCUCUACGACCAUCUGGCGGCUCCUCCCCCCCCACUGGGCCCCCGGGUGAGGAUGAAGAACAACCCGGGGAGUCCGGCAGUGGCGGCGGCGGUGGAGGGCGGUUGGUUCUGGAGCCCGACCAGCUGGACCAACUGCUAACGGCUCUGAGGGAGGAGAUGGUCGCGAGGGGGUUGCGGCCCGGAAGGGAUACCUACGCCGCCAUGGUUGAGGCGUUCGCCGUGGUGGGGGAUCUGGACAGCGCCCUAGCCGCCUAUGAGACUAUGAACCGGGCCAAGGGUACCCCCGCGCUGCUCAGGAAGAAGUACCUGGGCCAAUUUAUGAGUCGCCGCGAGGUGGACGGAGUGGUUCUGGGUAUGGGCGGCUGUGUGGUGACGGAGGAGGGUCUGUGGGUGCCCCCCGCCAAGAUGACGCUGGGGGAGAUGCGGGUGGAGCUCACGGCGGGGGGGAUGGAGGCCUCGGCAGCUGCGGGGCUGGCGAGGAAGGAGCUGCAGAAGCUGAUCAAGGAGCGCCGCGAGCGGCUUCCCAGCAACCUCUUGGAGAUGCAGGCUCGGUUGGAGGCGACGGUGGCGGCUCAGGAGGAGGCGGAGGAGGAGCGGCGGGCUGCGGAGAUGGAGGAGAAUGUGUACGAGGGCGAGGAGGAGUACGACGAUGACGAGCCGGAUAUGGACACACUGGAUGUGAACAUCGCCAGCAUCAUCGCGGACGAGGGCACCUUCGAGGGCGGCGACUCCCUGGAGGAGAGCGCCACGUUCCUGGCGGCGGCGGGGGGCAAGCUCGUGCUGACGGAGGAGGCAGGGAGGGCGGAACGUGCUGGUGCGGAGGGGGACGGAGAGGAGGACGAGCAUGAUGACGUAAGAGACAGGGACGAUGACCUUGACGAGGAGGAUGAUAUGGAGGAGGGCUUCGCGGAGGAUACGCCAGCGGCGGCGUCAAGGAAGCGCCGCCAGCGGCGCCGCCGCGGCGCUGCUGCCGCCGCCGCCGCCGUCGACGAUGACGAUAUCGCGGAUUUGGACCUGGAGGACGAAGAUGAGGAGUACGACGACGGUGAUGUUGAUGACGACGACGAGGAGUUGUUGGGUUUGGAGGAUGACGGAUCCCCCCCCCUGGGUGAUGGUCUGGGUCCCGCCUCCUCCGCUGCCCCCGAGGACCUGGACUGGGAGGUGGAGCGGGGUGGUGGUGAGGAGGGGGAGGACGAUGCGAUCAUCCUGGACCAGCUGCUGAGUAUGUCCGUCAUGGACUCGUCGCGGUACAACGACACGGCGGGCAUGGUUGUUGCCAUGCGCAUGCUGGAGUUGUGGGUGGCUGUGGGUUGCUCCCCCACCCCUCCCGACCUGAUGAUGCUGUACGAGGGAGCCACCCUCGAGGAGCACCCCCGCUGCUGUGCGGACCUGGCGGAGCAGCUACCCGCACUGCUGGUGGCGGGGGAGGUCAGCCGGGAACAGUUAUCCGAGAUGUUGGUCACCCUGGCCAACGUCUGUCUGCGACCCGGCAGUGCGGACAGCGAGGCGGCGGACCGGGUGGUGACGGUGAUGGAGGAUAACAAGCUGCAGGUCCCUGCUGACGUGUACUCCGGGUUGGAGGCGGCCCUGGGCGGUCGCCCCCGCAUGCGGGACUCGGUGCUGGGGGUGGCGGGGGGCAGGCUGGAGGACACCGACAUGGACCUGACGGGUUCGGGGCUGGAGAGCAGUGUGUCCGUAGUGGGUGAUGAGGAGGACGAGGGGGAGGGGGGUGAGGGGGUAUUGGAGGGGGUGCUGGGGGCAGGGGAGGGAGAGGAGGAGGAGGAAGAGGAGGAGGGGGGUGCGGAGGAGGAGGGCGAGGGCGAGGAGGAGGAGCUGGAACUGUACGGCGAGUACGAGGAGGAUCCUGCGCAACUGGAGGCCGAGCAACUGGAGCUUCAGCGGCUGUUCCAGCAGGAUGGUGAGGAGGACGAUGCCUGGUUGGACGAGCUGGACGACACAACAGACUUAGAGGAAGUACGAGCAGCCGCUGAGGCCGAGGCCGAGGCUGCCCGCCAAGCCGAGAUGGUGGCGGCCACCCUGGAGUCCGUACGAGCACGCAACCCCCUGGCGGCGGCCCUCCUGGAGCGCCAGUUAGCGGCGAUGCAGCAGGCGGCGGAGGCGCUGGCGGAGGCCGAGGCGGCGGACGAGGCCGAGGGCGAGGAGGAGGGCCAGCUGCCCGCUGAAGCCGGCACGGAGGCCGGAGCUGGCGGGAUAGUGCCGUACGGCGCUGGCGGCAUGGACGGGGCUGAGGGUUGGGAGGCGGAGGAGGAUGCAGAGGAGGGAGGAGAGGGGGAGGAGGAGGAGGGCGGGGACUUGGCGGAUUUGGGAGCGAUGGCUAUGGAGGCGGAGUGGGAUGCUUCGGCGGUUCUGGAGCUGCCGCCGGUGGUGUUGGCGGAGGCGGCGGCGGCGACGGAGGCGGAUUUGGACGAGACGGGCGGCCUGGAGGAAGAAGACAGGAUACUGCUCCGCCGUAUCGCCAGCAAGGCCCGGGUGCUAGCCCAGCUCAGCGCCCUCAACGACAUGGCCGCACAAGCACACCCCGACGGCGCAGCAGCGGCGGACGCAGAGGUGACGGAGGCGCUUCGCCGCGUACGACAAGCUAUGGCGGAGGGCGCCGCCGCUACCUCGAUCAUAGCCGCCGCGGCGGCAGCAGCCGGCGAAACGCCGGCCAGCUUGGCGGCGGCGGCGGCCGACGAAGCAGGGCUUGAUGCUGUGGGAUUGGAGCUGGAAGAAGCUGAGGAGGCCGAGGAGGGGGAGGGUGAGGAUGUGUUGCUGCCGGAACAUUUGGAGCCGGGUGUGGAUGAGGAGGCCUUGGAUGGGCCGGCUAAGGAGCUGCUGCACAGUGUGAUGGCAGAGGCGGAGGCGAUACUGGCGGCAGAGGAGGCCGAGGAGGAGGCCGAGGCCGAGGAGGAGGAUGGCGGAGCGGGCGAGGCGGAGUGGGAGGAGGAGGAGGAGGAGGGGGCUGAGUUUGAUGGGUUGACGGUGGGCGCGGAGGAGACGGCGGCUGAUGCGGCGAUGUUGCGGCGGUUGCUGGAGGCUGCGGACCAGCUGGGUCCCGAGCUUAAUGAGGAGCAGCAGGAGUUGUACGACAUGUUGGAACGCGGUGAUACUUCCUCCCUGGAGUCCAAGGUCGGUCCCGAGGUGAUGUCCUGGCUGGCGGAGGACCUGCAGCGGCUAGCGGCACAGGAGGAGGUUGAGCUCCAGGAGGGCCCUAUGGGUGGGCUGGCGGAGCAGCAGCAGCAGCAGCCGCAGCAGGGCGAGGAGGAGGAGGAGGAGGAGCUGGGCGACGGUGUGCCCGAGCUACCCCUGGGCUGGCGCCUCAACGACCGCUUUAUGGACACCUUUGCGGCGGUGCUGCGGGAGCGGGCGGCCGCAGCGGCGGAGCGCGGCAUCGCGGACGACGGCCCCGAGGUGGCCGCUGUGGAUGCGCUGCUGGCCAUGGCGUAUGGCUACCGGCCGCAGGGCGCGGCGGACCUGCAGGAGGAGGAGGAGGAGGAAGAUCGGUGGCAGGGUGAGGGUGAGGAGGUGGACGAGGAGUUGGAGACAGUGCAACGGGAGGCAAGAGAGGCGUUGCAGGCGCUGGCAAAGGAGAUGGGGGGCCCUGGUGAGGCGGCUGCGCGGGAGGCGGCGGAGCGGGCGCUGGAGGAGGUGAUGGCCGUGCAGACGGAGCGGUACGAAGAGGCCAAAGCGGAGGAGGAGGCGGGGCCGAGGGUGCAGGUGCCGCUGCCGGCGACUGCGGCCGCGGCGGCUGCGGCAGCUCUGGCGGCGGGCGGGUUGGAGGAGGGGCCCGCAGACUGGGAGGAAGAGGGCGAGGGCGAGGAGGAGGAGGGGGAGGAAAGGGGAGGGGCCGGCAGCGGGUUUAAGGUUUCGGAGGCGGUGCCACCGGAGGUGGCGGCUGCGUUGCUUCAGAGCCUGCGGCCGGUUGCGGGUCCCGUGUAUUUUGGGGCGCAGCAGCGGCAGCAGCGUGAGGAGGAGGAGGAGGAGGAGGAGGAGGAUGGCGGGCUCGUGGGAACGUCCACAGCCGCGGUGGCGGAGAUGGCGCCGCAGGCGGAGGAGGAGGAGGAGGAGGCAGAGGAGGAAGAGCCGCCUGUCCGAGGCAAGGGGCGAGGGCGGAGUGGCAGCGGGCCGGGCAGCGCGCGGGCGCGGAGGGGCUUCCGGUAA